GACAUGACAGUGGCAAACACUUGAAUUAAAACUGUUUUUUUACUACUUGUAGUAAAACCAUGAAGCGAUCAUCCUUGGUCGAUUCUUGUUCAUAUUCGAGAAUAUUUCGCAGUAUUUUCUGUCUCUUAUCCUUUUGUAUCUUCUUCUUGACAACGACCAAUGCUCAGGUAAUGCAUAGACGGCUCUGGCCUUGGCCAUUGUGGCCACGGCCGUAUCCACAGCCGUGGCCAAUGAAUCCACCAACACCUGACCCAUCACCAAAGCCUGUCGCACCACCUGGCCCAUCAUCAAAACCUGUCGCACCACCAGGCCCAUCUCCAUGCCCGUCACCACCACCAAAGCCUCAACCCAAGCCCCCACCAGCACCUAGCCCAUCUCCAUGCCCAUCACCACCACCUAAGCCUCAACCAAAGCCAGUGCCACCACCAGCAUGCCCACCAACACCUCCUAAACCUCAACCGAAGCCAGCACCACCGCCAGAACCAAAGCCAGCGCCACCACCAGCACCAAAGCCAGUCCCAUGUCCAUCACCACCUAAGCCACCAGCCCCAACUCCAAAGCCUGUCCCACCACAUGGUCCACCUCCAAAACCUGCUCCAGCACCAACGCCUGCCCCUUCCCCAAAACCUGCCCCAUCACCACCUAAGCCAGAGAACAAAACUAUACCGGCCGUGUUUUUCUUUGGCGAUUCAGUCUUUGACACAGGAAAUAACAAUAAUCUAGAAACAAAGAUAAAAAGUAAUUAUCGUCCCUAUGGUAUGGACUUUAAAUUCAGAGUUGCAACUGGUAGAUUCAGCAAUGGAAUGGUUGCUUCCGAUUAUUUAGCCAAAUACAUGGGAGUAAAAGAAAUUGUACCGGCAUAUUUAGACCCGAAAAUACAACCAAACGAUCUUCUUACGGGAGUAUCUUUUGCAUCGGGUGGUGCUGGCUACAAUCCUACUACAUCCGAAGCAGCGAAUGCAAUCCCAAUGCUGGACCAACUGACAUAUUUCCAAGACUAUAUAGAGAAAGUAAAUAGGUUAGUAAGACAAGAGAAGAGCCAAUAUAAGUUGGCAGGUUUAGAGAAGACCAAUCAGCUAAUAUCCAAAGGAGUGGCAAUUGUCGUCGGGGGAAGCAAUGAUCUGAUCAUUACAUAUUUUGGAAGUGGUGCUCAACGACUCAAAAAUGACAUCGACUCUUAUACCACUAUCAUUGCUGAUUCUGCCGCCAGUUUCGUUUUGCAAUUGUAUGGAUAUGGAGCAAGACGUAUAGGAGUGAUCGGAACACCACCACUUGGAUGUGUACCAUCACAAAGACUAAAGAAAAAGAAAAUAUGCAAUGAAGAGCUAAACUAUGCUUCUCAGCUUUUCAAUUCUAAGCUCCUCCUUAUUUUGGGUCAAUUGUCAAAAACCCUACCAAAUUCUACAUUCGUUUAUAUGGACAUCUACACUAUCAUCAGUCAGAUGCUAGAAACUCCUGCGGCUUAUGGAUUUGAGGAGACAAAGAAACCGUGUUGCAAAACAGGAUUAUUAAGCGCAGGUGCCCUCUGCAAGAAGUCUACAUCGAAAAUCUGUCCCAAUACAUCGUCUUACUUGUUUUGGGACGGUGUGCAUCCUACUCAAAGAGCUUAUAAAACUAUAAACAAAGUACUUAUAAAAGAAUACCUUCAUGUUUUAUCUAAAUAAUAGUAUUACAUUAUUUAUCUCAUGCGAAAAUAAAGACUUUUGCUAUGUACUAAUGAUGUAGAAGAUGUGGGCCCGUUUCUGUGACUAAAAAUGUAGUUAAGCAAACAACAUUUGAGAUAGUAAUGUAAGAUUUUUCUUUUGUGUCAAACGAAUCCCCAUCGAGUCAUGUUUGUAUUAGUUUAUGAUCAUGUUUGUGGUGUAUAAUGGCUAAAUAAAUUUGAUCUGUACGUAAUUUCUU